AUGGCAAAGGUGGAGCUCAUUAAAGGAGAGGAUCUAAUCCUCAAAGAAUACGGCAUCACAAAUCAGGAUUUAGAGGAGGUCCCAGACCUCGAAAUCCGAACAACGGAAUCACAAAACAUAACAGACAACUCUGUUUAUCAAAAAGAAGUCUCAACAUACACUGAGGAAGAGUCUGCUAACAGAAUUGCCGAGUUAGAAGAGAAUUCAAAAAAUCUCACAUUCAAUGAGCUGGACGACAUGAUGGUCGAGCUCAGAACAAAACACAGAAAGAGUCAGAUUGAAAAUAUGAGUGUUCCCAUAAUCACAGACAGAGAUUUCAUGGGAAUAUUUUUAAUGGAAAUGCAUGGUGAUAGAAGAUACUCCCAUUCAGUGUCGAGCGGCGUUGAUGUUUGGAGACGUAAAGUGAAUGGAAGCACGUGGAACGGGGUUGCAAGAGGAGUAAUACCGAACAUCACACCAAGAAGAAUGUGUACUUUGUAUUGGGAUUAUGCCAUCAGAAGAAAGUGGGACUCGUUUUACACUGUGAUUGAAGACGUUGACUUUUUACCAAGUGGCGACAGAGUGUCAAGAACAGCGACAUGGACUCCAAAGAUGUUCAAGCAAAGAGAUUAUGUACAUGUGAGAAACGUCAUUGAAAGUGAUGAUUGCUGUGUUGGUGUUUACCUCCCGGCAGAUCACAAGAGAGCGGAAGUUGACAAGAAAAAAUUCAUUCGUGGGUUGGUCAAUUUCAGUGGAUUUGUAUUCAGAAAGCAAGGCAAUGAUUGUGUUUGCACUCUGAUGACGCAGACAGAUAUCUCUAUCCCACUUCCAGAUUUUUUGAUCAACAAAUUUCUUGGUAUUGCAAUUGGGUGGUAUAUUAGACUUAUGAAAAAGUCUGCCAUCAAUGAUGGCAUUAAACAGUACGUUGCAUAA